CUGUGGCUCAGAGCUGCAUGGGAGACGCGCUGCAGGUCCGGUUUCUUGGUGUCUGGUCGGUGCCAUCAUUCCCCACCCCUCCCCCGCCCUCCCCAAGCUGGUGACUCCCCCUCCCCCUCCCCCUCCCCUCCGAGGGGGCAGGGGGCUGGGCACGAACUCUCUAUAAUGCCCCGUGCAGCCUCCGGGGCCGGGCAGCGGGCACCGUGGCAGCAGCGAGAGGCGGGAGAGCAGUGCUGACCGCUGACCACUUGCCCGGCCACUCCUCUGUCUCCCUCCCUCCCACCUCCCUCCCUCCCUCCCUCUCCCUCCCUCUCCCUCCCUCUCAGGGCUGGCACCACAGUCCCACCCCGCCUUCUCGGGUCCUCCCAGCCUCUCCACGUAAGCCCCCCCUCCCCACCUGCCUCUUCUCUCCCUCCCCUCCCCCACCCGCAUCCUCCUCCUCCGGUACCCUCUCCCUCUCUGUCCUCUGACCAAGUCCUCUCCUCCGUCUCGCUUCCAGCCCUCUGGCCAGCUUCCUCCCGCUCCCUUUCCCGGAUCCUCCCUCUCCCCAGCCUCUCCCCAUUUCCCCAGUCUCAUCUAACUCCCAUUCUCCCUUCCUCUGGUCUGACUCGCCUGCCCCAUCCCGUCCCCGCCCUGUCCCCUUUGUGCCCCUUUUUCUUUUUCUCUCUCCUUCCCUGGUUUGGUGUCCCUUCUCCACCUCGAACUCCCUUCAGCUCGGCCUCCCUGCCCCCUCACGGCCUCUCGCUUCCCUGCCUGAGGCCUGAGCCACCAUGCUGACCCCAAUGGUGGCUGGGGGGGUGGUGUUCCCCGGUCUCUUCCUCCUCUCCAAGAACACGCUCCAGCGGCUGCCCCAGCUGCGCUGGGAGGAGGCCGACGCGGUCAUUGUCUCAGCCAGGCUAGUGUCCUCUGUCCAAGCCGUCAUGGCCUCCACAGCUGGCUACAUCGUCUCCACCUCCUGCAAGCACAUCAUUGAUGACCAACACUGGCUUUCCUCUGCCUACACGCAAUUUGCAGUGCCCUACUUCAUCUAUGACAUCUACGCCAUGUUCCUCUGUCACUGGCACAAGCACCAGGUCAAGGGGCACGGAGGGGACGAAGGGGGGGCCAGAGCCCCAGGCAGCACCUGGGCCGUGGCACGCGGCUACCUGCACAAGGAGUUCCUCAUGGUGCUCCACCACGCCGUCAUGGUGCUCGUAUGCUUCCCGCUGUCGGUGGUGUGGCGUCAGGGCAAGGGAGAUUUCUUUCUAGGCUGCUUGCUGAUGGCUGAGGUCAGCACCCCCUUCGUCUGCCUUGGCAAGAUCCUCAUCCAGUACAAGCAGCAGCACACUCUGCUGCACAAGGUGAAUGGGGCCCUGAUGCUGAUCAGCUUUCUCUGCUGCCGGGUGCUGCUCUUCCCCUACCUGUACUGGGCCUACGGGCGGCACGCCGGCCUGCCGCUGCUCGCCGUGCCCCUCGCCAUCCCGGCCCACGUCAACCUGGGCGCCGCGCUGCUGCUGGCCCCCCAGCUCUACUGGUUCUUCCUCAUCUGCCGCGGGGCCUGCCGCCUCUUCAGGCCCCGGGGCUCCCCUCCGCCCUCCCCUUGCCAGACCCAGGACUGAGGGUGGGGCCGGGGGACCCUCCCCAUCCCACCCCUUGGGGACGGGGCUCUGGGGCCGCUGGGCAGGGGGUGGGAGCCAGGGGCCUCUUGCCCUGACAGCCCGGGGACUGACAGAUGGACUCUGAAGGGGCCGAGGGGCGCGGGACAUCUGCCCUCAGGGGCAGAGGGUCAGGGACCAGGUGAAAAGGAAGGCAGGGAGAGGGAACCUCUUCUCCCAGCAGUGCCUGAGCUGAGGGUAGCAAGCCCCUUCCUGCGCGGCCCCCCUUCUCCCGUCACCAACCCUGGGGCUCUGGGGGGAGCAAAGGACCAGAGGAAGGGGGCAUCACUUCCUAUCCACUGAGGGCUAGAGGGCCGUGGGGAGACUGACUCAAGGGGACCAGGACUUGGAGAAUGUGGGGGAGGCCCUGCUGUCAAGGCCAUCCCAGCCCCCCUGCUGCAGACUCCUCUCGGUUCCCCACCAUCUGGGAGGGAGGGGACACCCUAACUAUCCCCCCCCACCCCCACCCCAGGCCUCGCUUGGGGCUAGCUGCCUCCACUGCUCCUCCCUAGGGAAGGCCAGCCUAAGGAAUCUUAUUUAUUUUAUUUAUUCGCCCAAAUUCAUACUAGUUUGUAGGGAUGGGGGGAGGGAGGUGGCUGCUACCCCCCAACCUUCCCAGUGCUGAGCAACCCCGGGGGCGGGCGAGGGGCACCCAGUCCCUUCCCCAUUAGGCUGCACAUCUUGCCCUCGGGCCCUGGCAUGUCCCUGGUGCUACAGACCUCUCAAGGCUUCCUCCAGUCUGGGGUCAGGGGACCCUGGGAGGUGCUUUACAGACCGCUAAUAAAGACGAUCUGCGUGAACGCCA